AUGACGUCGAAGAGAGAAGAGAAGAUGAAGAAGAUGUUUGGGAAGCCAUCGGCUGAGUCGGAGGACUACGCGGCGGUGCGUGAGCUCUUCAGGCACCACAUAGAGUCAUUCGAUCACUUUGUCACUGCUGGUCUUGAGACUAUGCUCAAUAAAAUCAAGCCCAUCGAAGAAGAAUCAAAAACUGCCCGUGGAAAGCUGCUUCCUUUCGAAUGUAGACAGGCUAAACUUUCCUACACAGGGAAAUUCAUGGCAGAUGUUUACUUUAAGUAUAAUGAUGGACCCGCAAUAAGAGAGAAUUUCAAUUUUGGGCAGCUUCCCAUCAUGCUAAUGUCAAAGCUUUGCCACUUAAGAGGUGCUAAUCCUGAAAAGCUAGUUUCUUGCAAAGAAGAGUCAUCAGAAAUGGGUGGUUACUUCGUGUUAAAUGGGCUCGAGAGAGUUGUUCGGCUUGUCAUAUUGCCAAAGCGGAAUUAUCCAACGAGUAUGGUGCGAAAUUCAUUUCGUGAUCGAAAGGAAGGAUAUACUGAUAAGGCAGUUGUAAUAAGGUGUGCAAGAGAAGAUCAAUCUUCAGUAACAGUCAAAUUGUACUACCUUCGUAAUGAUAGCGCAAGACUUGGAUUUUGGAUACAAGGGAGGGAAUACUUGCUUCCUGUGGGUCUUGUCUUAAAGGCUCUUAUUGACACUACUGAUCACGAAAUUUAUAAAAAUUUGACAUGUUGCUAUGUCGAGAAAGAUGAGAGUUGCGAUGUCAAGAAAUAUGAGAAAGGAAAGGGUAAUGUUGGCACUCAGCUUGUGGGUGAGCGGGCACACAUUAUUCUAGAUGAAGUGAGAGACUUUAUCACUCGCCGUCAAUGUCUAGAGCACAUUGGAGGGCACUUCCGACCUCUUAUGCGUGGACUGGAGGAUGAAAGUGAUCUUUCUGUGGUUGGAGAAGCUGUUCUAGAGGACUACAUAUUUGUUCACCUUGAUAAAGGGUUUGACAAAUUCAAUCUGCUCAUAUUUAUGGUGCAGAAGCUUUUUUCUCUUAUGGAUCAGACAUCCUUGCCAGACAAUCCAGAUGCCUUGCAAAAUCAUGAAGUCUUACUCCCUGGUCACUUGAUUACCAUAUAUCUCAAGGAAAAACUAGAAGAUUGGUUGCAAAGGGCCAAAAAACUUCUUCAAGAUCAGAUCAACAACAAAAGCAAGACUUUUGAUUUUUGCAGCUUAGUAAAUGUAAAGAAGGUUUUGGAUAAAAAUCCUUCAAAGCACAUCAGUUUAGCUGUUGAAAAUAUGUUGAAAACCGGAAGGCUUGUUACACAAUCAGGUCUAGAUUUGCAGCAGAGGGCAGGCUUAACGGUUCAGGCAGAGAGGCUUAAUUAUUUGCGUUACUUAUCUCAUUUUCGUGCCGUCCAUCGAGGAGCUUCAUUUGCUGGACUUCGCACCACAAGCGUGCGGAAAUUGCUACCUGAAUCUUGGGGUUUUCUUUGCCCAGUGCAUACACCUGAUGGAGAGCCGUGUGGCUUGUUGAACCAUAUGACUUCCACUUGUAGAAUUACAUCCUACUUUGAUGCACAAGGAAAUAUUAGAAACUUCUUGCAUAUCCGAGAGUCUAUUCUCACUGUUCUGAGUGAGCUUCAAAUGAUAUCUUCAGUGCCAAAGCUGGUUCAAGCUGGUCCUCCUGCAAAUCUUUCUGUUCUUUUAGAUGGCUGUGUUGUUGGUUCUAUAUCUUCCAAAGUAGUUGAGAAAGUUGUGGCUCAGUUAAGGAGGCUGAAAGUGUCAGCUUCUUCAGUGAUUCCUGAUGAUCUGGAAGUGGGAUAUGUACCUUUAAGCUCGCGUGGGGCAUAUCCUGGCCUGUACCUUUUCACUUCUCCUUCUAGAUUUGUUCGGCCAAUAUCAUCAUCUACAUCCAGAAAGCCGUAUGCUUUGGAAGAAGCUUGUACAGUUUGGGAAGGGGUUUUGAUUGAUCAAAAAGAAGAAUCUACUUCAACCGAUAUGCCCUUAGGCACGGCCAUACAUAACAUAGAAAUCACACUUGGAAAGGGUGGACAAUUAGCUAGAGCAGCAGGUGCUGUAGCGAAACUGAUUGCAAAAGAGGGGAAAUCGGCCACAUUAAAAUUACCUUCUGGAGAGGUCCGUUUGAUAUCCAAAAACUGCUCAGCAACAGUCGGACAAGUGGGGAAUGUUGGGGUGAACCAGAAAAGUUUGGGUAAAGCCGGAUCUAAAUGUUGGCUAGGUAAGCGUCCUGUAGUAAGAGGAGUAGUUAUGAACCCUGUAGACCAUCCCCAUGGGGGUGGUGAAGGGAGGGCCCCAAUUGGUAGAAAAAAACCCGCAACCCCUUGGGGUUAUCCUGCACUUGGAAGAAGAAGUAGAAAAAGGAAUAAAUAUAGUGAUAAUUUGAUUCUUCGUCGCCGUAGUAAAUAG